GAGAUGGACCUUGACAAUGGCAAGCGCGACCUGGAAAGCGCCAUAGCUUUCGUUCGCAAGUUGAGUAACCAUGCCCGCCGGGCCCUUGAAUCCGGUCAAGCUGAAGUCAAGGACAUGUUGCAGAGCCACUACCCUGCUACUAAUCUGGAGCCUGCUAACCUGGGUGGAGCUGACG